AUGUAUUCUCACAAAUAUUCUUUUCAUCUCAAUUUUUUCAGAUAUUUAGUUGACGAAGAAGUCGAAGAAGCACAAGACGAAGUUAGUGUUGCUGCUCAAGAAGUGUCUAAACAAGAAGAGGCACCACCGACACCUAAAUCUCCUCUGAAAAGUCCCCCAGCGUCUCCUUUGAAAAGUCCCCCAGCGUCUCCUUUGAAAAGUCCAAAGAGUGAAAAACCAGAAUUGGAACAGGCUGCACAACAAGAAUUUGAGGAAGGCGGGGAAGAUGAACCACCUCUCUCUCCUUCUAAGGAAGUACGUCGUUCCAGUGUGAGCACUGAUGUAACUGGACCACAAGCCCAACUUCGCAAGACAGAAAUCAAACAGAAAGAGCCAGAAGAGAAAGAAAUGACUGAGGCCGAAGCUGCAAUGUUAGCAGCUAAAAAACGCCACGAAGAGGAAGAAGAGGCUAAGAUGCGAGACAAUGACGAGCGUCGUCGUCAAGAAAUGGUUGCUGUUGAACAAGAAUUGCAAGAAUUAAAAGAACGUCAAAUACAACGAAAAGCUGAACGAGAACAAGAAGAACGUGAAUUAGCUGAACGUAGACGUCAAGAUGAGGAACGCCGUCGUCAAGCAGAAGAGGAGCGUAAAGCAAGAAUUGAAGCUGAAAAAGCACGAAGAGAAGAAGAAAAAAGGAAGAGACAAUUAAUGAUGGCUGGCUCUUUUGGAGGUGUUGUUCAAGCUGAGGGAGAAGGAGGAAAGAAUUUUGUUAUUCCUGAAAAGGGUGCUGGUGGUGGUCAAGCACCUGGAUUGCCUGGACAGGCGAGCAAACCACGGGGACUAUCAAAAGAACAACAGGAAGAAGCUAAGCGUAAUUAUAUGGCUAUUGUUAACCGUCCAGUUGAUGUCUCCAAUAUGUUGCCAAACGAUAUUAAGGCUAAAAUUAAGCAAUUAUAUUCACGUAUUGUGAAAUUGGAAGGAGAAAAGUAUGACUUGGAGAAACGCAAAGGACGUCAAGAAUAUGAUUUGAAGGAGCUUAGUGAACGUCAAAAACAAGCAGCACGUCAAAAAGCUUUGAAUACUGGUGUUGACCCGACAGAAGUAGAAAACACAAACUUCCCUCCAAAAAUCCGAGUAGCUUCCAAAUUCGACCGACAAACUGAUCGCCGGGAUUAUGUUGAACGCCGUGACUUAUUCGAGAAACCACCACCAGAAUUAAUUCCAACAAUUGCCCACGGAAGUGGACGUCCCCCGUCAGAAUGGGGACGAAAAGAAUUCGAAGAAUUGGAACAAAUCCGAAAGAAUUUAGAACCUCCAAAAUAUGUGGAGCAAGUUAAAGCUGAGGGGGAUGCUGCACGUCCACCUGUGCCUGUUAUUCCUUUACAAGUUCCUGCUGAGGCGUUUAUUAAUGCAAAUGAAGCACCCGUUGAAGCUGCUCCUGAACCUCCCGCAAAGCCUUCCCGCCGGAUUGCUGCUAAAUGA